CAGAUUUUAUGACAAAUGUCGAGUAUUAUCUCUGUGAUAGGAUAUAGGAAUGAAAAAUGGAACUGUUGAAAUGAGUUCUAAAUUCCAUUCUAAAAAUAUACGACACUCUGACAAGCUGGUACAUCUAAAUCCACCACAGAUCCAUUUUUCUGCUUAUGUCACUGGAGGACUGAAGAAACUCUUCACCAAGAUUAACUCCCAUGAUGCAUCAGUUCUUCCUUUAUAUGAGUAUGGGCGGUUUACAGAUAUCCAUGGACACUUUGUUCCAGAGAAAAACACAUUGUUGGCAUCUCGCUACAGAGUUCUGAGUAAAGUGUCUUCAAGGACUCGUGGACAAUCCUCUGUGCAGAUCUUUGCAAAGGAUGAGUUUAACUCCGACUCCCUGGUGGUGAUCAAGAUACUGCACAAAAGCUGGGGACACCUUGCCUAUCAGGAGAUCCACUUCCUGUGGUCCCUCAAAGUGGCUGACCCCUACAAGGCCUCUAGAGUUGUCCAGUUGCUGAAUUUUUUUGAGCUGGAUGAUCACUUCUGCCUAGUUUUUGAGCCCCUCAUACCUGAGCCGUUGACUCGAAUAUUCCAAGGAUUUCACAAAGACCAGUUGAUACCCAGCAUAAAGAAAGUGACUUUGAGACUUUUAACCACCCUAGGGUUUCUACAACAGCAGAAUGUUAUUCAUGCAGACCUCAAACCAGAAAAUAUUUUGCUGAAAUCAGACUCCGAUGUGAGCUCUGUGACAGUAAUUGAUUUCGGGAAUGCCAUCCACAACAAUUUUAAGGAAGUUGCCUUGUACUUCAAAGACUUUGAACUACAAACUUUGUUAUAUAGGGCCCCAGAGGUUUUGUUUGGGAUUCCCUUUGGUACAGAGAUUGAUCUUUGGUCUUUAGGAUGUAUUCUGGCAGAACUGUAUUCUGGAGCACCAUUAUUCCCAGGCACCUCCAAAAUCCCAAUCAUCAAAGAGAUGACGAGACUCUUGGGCCCUUUCCCCAGAGAUGUCUUUCAAAAAGGCAAAUUUUAUGAUGACCUAAAGGGAUACACUAAUGUCUGUGAGCAAAAAAAUGCCUCUGAUGUGCUGUUUAAGAAACUCGGGUGUCAGGACUAUUUGUUCAGAGACUUCCUCUCCGGUCUUCUGAGAUAUAAUCCAGCUGAUAGACUUGCACCGUUGAAGGCUGCGCAGCAUCCAUUCCUAGCCUCAGAACUACCUAUAGCAUUCCUUCUGCCCUCCACUCAAACUCUCCCAGUUAUAAACUCCUGUCCAAGGAAAGGACCUCUGCUGGACUCGGACCCCUUAGAGAUUGAUCAGCUGAAACCAAACUUACUGCAGAAAGUCCAGAUCAUCAAGCCUCUGGAAAAUGAAGACUUUAAAACAGAGGAGAUCAAAAUGGGCUCCUCAUUUAGACCAAAUCUCCAAAAGAGUGUCUCCCCAAGGGGAAGCAAGAGAUACCAUUCUCUUCCAGAUGUUGAUAGAAAAUCAAAUACUGACUUGAAAGUUCAGAGACAUGUAAAAAUGUCACCUUUCCAUUUUUUAAGUGAAAAAAAAUCUAGUCCAAAGGUUUCUCCAAAAGGACAUGCAUCUCAAACUCACCAAAAACAUUCCAUCUUAGAUAAAUACUGUAAAAGUUCAGAAAAGACAAAACGGGGACAUAGCAAGUCGCUGGAUGAAGUGGAGCAAAUUUCCAAAGAUGUUACUCAAUGGGAUGAGGAAAGCUCCAGUAGUAAUGACAGGCGAUUAAAAUCACUGAUGCAAGAGAUUUAUGAAGUUCAAGCAAUGGUUGAAAAAGAUCUGGAUCAGAGAUCUAGGGGAAGCACUGAUAGUUUAGAGUUGAAAAGGAGGAGGAUUUCUGAUUCUCAGAUAUCAACACAAAAAAAACCUGGAUUUCCAUCUUCUAGAAUUGAGAAAGAAAGAGUUGAUACUGACAUAAACACUGAGAUUGACAACAAGGAGUGCUCCCUACCAAGAAAUUGUAGAAAGGCAGAAGAUGACCAUUGUUCAUCACAGUCUAGUUUAAGUAAAAGUUCUUGGCCAUAUGAAAUGUGUGACAGUGUUGCUUCUAGGAAAUUACAGUCCAGAACUCGCUCAUGUGGUGCAGUGGAGCAAAAUAUGGAGGUCUGCUUCAGAAAAUCUAAUGUGUGUAGUAACAGCAGAAGGUUCCAGAUAGGAGCUUCACCUAGUCUGUCUGGACUUGGUAGAAUACAGUCCAGCAAAAUAACAUCAACUUCCUUAAAUUCAUCAACAGAUCAGUCUGGGAUGCAACAUUUGCCAUCUGAGACACUUAACAUGAGAAAUUUACAACAGGCUUGGGAAGAAAAGGGAAUGGAUGUAACAGAAAAGGAAAGGUUUGGAAAAAGUCAAUCUAAAGUCCACUCAAAAGGAGGCAUGAAACAAAGGGACAUCAUUCCCAAUCCACAGAAUGAGGUUAGCAAUUCUGAGGAACAGGAGAGGGAUUGGGAGAUGUGUAGUCAUCAAGAACACCUGACUGAGGGAAAUGAUGUACCAGGAAUAAGUUCUCCAGGAUACAGAAGGAUCAAAGCUGAUAAUAAGAGCAGAGACUGGAGUGAUUUCUAUCAAGUUAAAGAUAGAGUUAAAGCAAAUCACCCUGAGAAUCUUGCAAAAAGUAAAAGGAGUUGGUCAACUUCCUUUGAAACCAAUGUCAACAUAGAUAGAGGUGAGAGGAAUGUACAUACAUGUGCCGCAUCACCAACGAAAAAGUUACAAAGUGUUGGCAGUAAAGCUGUUCCCAGAAAAAGACUAAUGUUCUCAAAUGCUCUCCACAUGAAAAAGAAAAAAAGAAGUGAAAGUACAAAAGGUGCCCGACAAGAGGGAUAUUUUGUUAGUGAGCCAUCAUUACAAAGGAAGGAGGUUAUAAGGACUGGUUUAAAGGAUCCAUUUCAUUUCUCAGAUACAAAACUAUCACAUGGUUUGAAGAAUGGAAGACCCAGUGUUGUCAAGGAUUUGGAAACCUUUGAAUGUGACUUACCAGGUACUAGUAACGUACCGUGGGAACAUGAAGAAGACAUGUUAAGACACACAAAUAAUCAGGAGAGUUUUAGCAUGACCAAGCCAAAGAAGUUAAACAAAAGACCAAAAUUUUCACUGGAUUAAUAAAUGCAGUUCAUGACCAAAUGUGAAUUCACUAAUAUUUUAGUGUGCAACUCAGGAACAAAUGUAAUUUCACUAUUAACUCGGAGUCACUGAUCAUCUAUUGUCUAUUUUUUCCUCUAUAUAACUUAAGACUUCACAUAUUACCUGGAUGUUAAGAAUUCAUUAUGUUUAUAUUUAAUCAUGUUUCAAAUUAUAAUAGUAAAUGAUAUAACUUU